UUCUUACAGGUCUCUAAAAAUGGCUGCGCGACCAGCUCCGCCACGUACGAAGAAACAAAAUCACGCGAAUAUACCCUGUCCCAUAGAAAACUGCGCCCGCUUCACUUACGGCAAACUUCCCGAUCAUCUGACAAAGAUCCACGGCCUGACAGGCGCGGAACGCGAUGCCCUCAACGAACAGCAGAGAAAACGUUUUUUUAACGGAGAACUGUGCCAAGUGCGAUAUCUCAAAGAAUCAGCAAUCAGAGACCUUUGGGGAAGCGAUUAUGAUGAACCUAGGAUAAGAGCGAAGAUACAACAGAGCUACGCACUGGUCAAGAUUCGGAUUAUUCCGUUGGCAGCGACACAGCGAUCUCGUCCAUUAACGGAACAAGACGCUAACGUUCUUACCGCUUAUAACGCUAGAACUGCUCCCAGACCUGCAAGAGUCCAGCGGGCCAGAACUCGAGCUCGACCCUAUACAGUACCAGAAACGCCGCAAGUUGAUCGCAGAGCAUCAAGCGAGUCCAGCGAAGAAGAAAAUACUAGAACCAAUCCCUUACCUCCAUCGCCGCCACCGUCAUCUCCGUCUCUUCCGCCCUCUCCAGCCCCGUACGAACUCCAGCCGGUUGAGACACGUUUACAAGACAUAUUCGACUCCAAAAUCGACGCGGGCUACAAAGCAGUCAUAGACAAUAUGAAGAAAUCUAUGACAAUGGGAAGAACGCUUGGAGCUCGAAAACGAAAGGCAUACAGAACUUACCGGCGCUACGCUAAGAGACUGAUAGCAUACCUCCACAGACAACAUUCACCUCUGGCAUACGAUGUCGACGUACUUCUAUGUGGAGAAAGACAGGUUUGUGCAUUUUUGGAGCAUAUACGUAGCGAGCAUAAGACGAAAACUUUAAGGAAUUACAUCGUAGCGGCGAUCAAGUUAUUGGAUUCUAGACUGUUCGCUAUAGAAACUGACCCGUCGUGUAAAGAGAAGGUGGCAUCCAUGACGCACGUGUAUGACGUGUUGCACGGGAAGUUGAACGAAUGCGACAGGUUGCUCGCGCAGAAGGAGCCUUGUCAGAAACAGGUUGCGGCAUUCGACAGUGAUGAAAUAGAUCCAAGUUUUAAUGAAGGAUACGAAUUAGUAUAGAACCCUUA